AUGAAUUCCAAGAUGAAAAUCCUUCCCCAAUUACGAAUCAAUACACCACCAACUAAUUCAUUUCAUCAGCAGCCGACUUAUGACAAAGAACUUCGAAUAUAAAUAUCACUCUCAUUAGAUGCUUAAACUCCAAGCAAUAAUCUUCUCCAUAAACCCUAAACACUCCUCUAAACCCACAGUGCGCACGUAGUCCAAUAGUUGUAUUAGUGAGAAGAAAAGAGUUAUGGCGAUAAUCACAUUCCCUGCUUCCUCUGUUGCUGCCCUGCCUCUCAAGUCUGCCACGAAGAAGCUCGCUAACGGCUCACAUCCGGUCUUCGGAAUGCUUCGUCCCCGCCGAGUCUUCGCCCGAAGAUCGCUGCCGGGAAAAAUGAUCACUCCGGUGAAGAAACCGUCGAGACAUGUUAUCUCUUCCACCCGCUUUGCCUCGAUUUCGUUCUCGGGGGACUGCUGUAACGAAUUCGACUCCGAUUGCGAGAGUUCUUGUUCUUCCACGGCCUCUAAUCCUCGCCCUGAAGAAGAUGAUGAUACUGGAAAGAAGGACGUCCCAAUGUGGAUGAUUGUACCUAAAUCCUCCACUAGUUUUGUUCUCGUCAGAAUUCAGAAUUAAUUUCUUGGUUGUAAUUAAAGUUCUAAAUUCUUACACCUGAGUUCAGGAUCGCCGAUGUUUGAAUUUCGGUUUUAAUUUAGAUUACCCAACCUGAAUACGUUUGUACAGAACCCGAUUUAUGUUUGACAAUUCAUUAUUUGAAAACUUUCUGUUCAUUUAAUCACUUAUACUCUUAGUUAGUUUUCAUUAUC